GAGCACCCCUCACCUAAACCAAACAGUAUUUCCAGUAGGCGAGGACUCUCUGACACGGACCAUCUCCUGAUAUGCUCACUUGUUGCGUUCAUAUUUGAUAUUGCCCCCAUUUCAGCGGACCCCCACUCUGACUCUGUGCGUCUGAUCGAGGAGAGCCCUACGGAAGCCCUGAAGGAACAGUUUGGCUACAGAGACUCUGGUCUCAGUGUACGCUUCGUCAACUAUAUCAAGGGUCGGACAGAAUCAGACUUCGACGAGCCCCUCAGGAUAGAGGAAGAUUCUCACUGGCAAACCGAACAAACGUCAAAGGGGACGGGGGGCACAGAGCUCCAUAUUGAAAUGAUCAACCAGCUGAAAGAAGCCGUGGAACUGCUACAGGACCCUAACAGAGUGAGCAUGGAGCCGGAGGAUCUGCCUGGAGUCCAGCUCUACCCUGUGGAGCUGGUCACCGUAGAAGAGUCACUAAACGGGCAGGAGAGUGAUGAUGGCUCUGUCACACCCAAGGGAGAGCUCAGAUCCCCGGUCAGUGGACCCCCGUCAUUUACCAGCCCUCCCUUUGGACUAAAGCCCCGCUCAGCCCCGCCCUCGCUGCCCUGCUCACCCCCGCCUUCCUGUCUAAGCCCCUUCCUCUCACAGGCCCCGCCCCUCCAUAGAGACACCCCCUGUAGCCAUGACGACGGAGGCAUGCACAGCCGCGUGUUCCUGCGAAGCCACAAGAGUCUGGAGUCCGUGGACCCUCAGUUCACCAUGAGGCGAAAGAUGGAGCAGCUCAGGGAGGAACUGGAGUUGAUGGAGCAGCUCCGAGAUAGUAUUGAAAGCAGACUGAAGGUGGUACUUCCUGAAGACCUAGGCUCCUCCUUGAUGGAUGGGGUGGUGCUCUGCCACCUGGCCAAUCACAUUCGCCCGCGUUCUGUUGCCAGCAUCCAUGUUCCCUCCCCCGCUGUGCCUAAACUUAGCAUGGCCAAGUGUCGGAGAAACGUGGAGAACUUCCUAGACGCCUGCAGGAAGAUGGGUGUGCCAGAGGACAAGCUGUGUCUGCCGCACCACAUCCUGGAGGAGAAGGGCCUGGUUAAGGUGAGCAUCACCGUCCAGGCCCUGUUGGACGAGACCACCACCAAGCAGACGCUUUUCACAUGAGGAGAGGAUGCAGGGAUGAGGGCGGAGAGAGACGGAGAGCAUUUCCACCACACCCAACGUGCAUGACAUGCACCCCUACAGACCCGGGUCAGAAUGUCUAUGCUUUUGCUUGACAACCUCUCUGUGGCAUCCCAUUAAUGAGUCGAUUGGUUGUAUUCAAUAGGGGAAGUAAAGUGGCAUACGUGAAACAAGCCAAUUAGAUGGGAUAUAGUUGGCUUGAAUAACAGAAGUGGCAACAGUUGGCGUAAAUCAUAGUCUCUGUAGAGUUCAAAGGAAAAAUAAAUGGUGGAAGAACAAUCUUCCUCCAUGAUCGUCUAGAUAAAUUUGACCAAUUUAUCUAUUGCCAGUAACCUGGGAUUGACUGGUUUAGCUUUCAGCACAGAUGAAAAAUAUAAUCCCUCACCAUAAAGCAUUGGUCUUAGAUUUUCUACUUCUAUCCGGGUUUCACUUAAAGUGUUUCCUGUGUCACGUGAGUAUUUGGCCUCCACCUUCUCAUUAGAAAAGCCACGUAUUGCUCUCAGUACCCUGAAGAGAAGAAAACUACCAUAGUCUUAAAGUAAUGGAAGGUUCUUCUAAAAGUUUUAACUACAAAUUCUAUUUAAAUAUACAGGUAUUUAUAAUAUAAAGAUAAGCCAAGGUAACUCUUUGGGUUGUUUGUAUACAUUCAGAGAAAAAUAUCCAUCAAAUAUUUUUUUCUAAUAUAUUUUAGGUAUAAUUCUGUAUAUUUUAUAAUGUCUUAUUACAACUUUCUGCAGAACACUUUGAAUGUUCCUACACUAGUUUGAGGUCGAUGUGAGAGAAUUGUCAACGUCAUUCAGUCACUGUGGGGACACAUCAAUAUAUGUCAAGCCUCUCAAUUGCAUUCAUACACAUCUAAAAAACAAAAAAAGAUCUUUUUCAGAUUUUAUCUAGCCAAGGAGAAUUUGUUUUUACUAGUACACAGGAUGUGAUGUAGCAAUCCAUGCAGCAUACUCCAGAGUCAGCUGUCACACAGAAACCAAAUUAACACAAGCCAAUGCAUUAAUUAAUUAGUACUGACCUGUUGUUACAGAGAAUAACAUUAAGCGACACUCGUACAUCUGCCGGCCCUCCUCACAGCAUCACCUACUACACUGCCUAAAGCAGCUUUCAGAGCGUCCGGUGUGCAGAUGCAGGCAUGUCACUGGAGUUCUCCCUGUGACAUACCUGCUCAGUUGUUUCAUUGAGUUAGACUUCACUGUAUUCCAGCGUUGUUUAAUCUACCUUCUCUAAACCAACUCUCAGCAGAUUCAACAAAACUCACACCUGUUAACCAAGGCCUGCUCUUACAGCAUCGCUUCUGUGAUGAAUGGAAAUGAUGCCGUGAGUAUCCUUAGACUAAACAUUAACCUCAAAAUACUAAUUUGUUCUGAUAAUUCUCAGAUUAUUAUCAGAUUUUUUUUUUACAUGCGGCCUUAAUCCUCUUCCUGGAGGCAUGGCCUUUUGCAGGCAGUGUUUUGUAGCAUGGUGCAAAUUCAGCUUUUCAGGACAAUGUGUGACCACGAGCUGCUGAAUGACAGUUUGACAGGCUAGUGCGAGCCACUAGGAGGGCCACUUCUCCCACCAUCACACAGCACUCACAAACCUUUAUACAUAUAGCACAUACAAUGUGCACGCACACUCGUCAUACACAGUUUACCAUGUAGACUAAAGGUCACAUUUGCACCUACCGAAUAGAGCAUCUAACGUUAUGGCAGCACAAUAUGCAUCAUGUGAACCACAUUUUUGUAUCAUCAGCACAAAAUGUGGCUGAGACAGCAUUUUUUUUUACAAAUAAGAAUGGUGUGAGUGCCCUUUUUAUUUACUAAUAGGGGACAUGGUUGUUUUUUGUUUUUUACCCUCUUAGGUUUUUGACAGAUAUAUUCAAAUUAUUGACAUCCUUUACACGUUAUUGUUUCAUCCAAACUGACCACUAACCAUCCUAUUAUUUAUUUUUAAGUAAAUGGAACUACAUGAACGAAAAAGUUGACUAGACACUGACAAACUGAGAGGUGACAUCGCUACUUUGAUGAACUUUGACCCACGAUGUCUCUCCUAACCCCUCGUAGCAUAAUUGGAAAGGCAAAAAUGACGCUUGAUAAAUGAGAAGCUUGAUAAAUAUCAGAAGCUGCUUAAUGAUUCUGUAUGAGCGGGGGCUUUGGCUGACUCAGGGUAGAUAUUGGCUAACUACACUGCUGAUGCUUCACUUCAUAAUGUUCUAUAUCACUAGUGAGUGUGUGUGUGUGUGUUAGAGAAAAAUUAAAGAUGGCGCCUGUAAAGAGAAAUAAAAGGAAGUAAAGGUUUGCCUUAUUCAGUAGGCCUCGUGGUGGUGAUGCUGACUUGCCACCUGCCGAGACAUACGCAACCAUAACACACGUGUAUGAGAGAGUGUGUGUGCCCGACGUCCUCCUGCUCAUAAAGGCCAUGUUGAGACAGCAGUGAGUGUCUAACACGGCUAAACCAGUAGGCUUGUAUGAAUCUCUGAGAUGUGUCCCUGUACAUUUUAUGCAGUAUAAAAGAAGUAGCUCAGUAAAGUUCAAGCUACUUACAGAUUCUGUAUUAAAAGUGAAACAUUUUCACUUGGAAGAUUUGACAGUUGCCAAAACAAACUUUUUGAAAUGCCUCUUGUAGGACAGGUUUAUUUUUGUUUGUAUUUAAAUGUGUAUCACAACAAUCGGCCCGUUAGCAAUAGUUAUCCUGAGUUCUGGUUUGAUUACAACUCAUGAAUUAAACAUCGCCACACGCACCGACAAUUUGACAAUAACAAAACAAAACAAUAGACAUUUACACGUUAUAAUUAAUUUUCCUUGGUAAUUUGUUCAUUUGUUAUUGAUUUGGCCACCCAUGGUUUUGCAUUGGAUGAGAAGUUGUAGCAAAGCGUUUGUGUAAUGUGAUGACGGUUAGCGCAAGUUGGCCUUGUUUUCUGAGAGUUGUGUGUUAAGUCUCUUUCCUUUUGUACCUUUGUUUUUAACACAAAUACCCUCACACAACUAAAUUAUUAAAUUCAAAAAAUUGCAUUAUGUACCAUUUCAAAAACUGUAAAAAUUAGAAAUUAUUAAUUUAUGUACCAUUUCAUUAAUUUCCAAAUUUUUUAAAAAAAUUUUUAUUAUCAGUCAUUUUAUUAUACAUCAUAAUACUGGAAAUGAAUUAAUGAAGUGGUACUUAAUUUAGUUUAAUAAAUUUUUAAUUUAAUAAUUUUCCACAUCACCAAGCUUCAAGCUGCACCGCUUCAUAAUCAGUCUACUGUUGUUUUUUGGCCCCUCCCCCUUGUAAUUAACAUGGAGCUAUGUGCACCCUCUCCAGCACGCUGGAUGAACGGAUAACAAAAUCAAGUUGAUUUUUAUUUUUUUUACUACUGUCUUCAAACUGUAAUUCUGUGUUGGUGAUAACAGAAUCUCUCUUUGCUUUAAGCUAAAA